UUUGACCAGGAAGAGAUUGAUGAUGGUCGUCGUUUAGUUGCAAAACGGUCUCAUGCUCGUCAAGCUGUUUGCGAUACACUUCUCAAUAUGGUAUAUGUAGGAAACGGAACUGAUGGAUUUGAAUAUCGUCCUAACCAUUAUGUCACCGAAACAUGCCUAGGUCCAAAUCAAUACAACAGUUAUCAAAACAAGUGCACCGAAACUGGAUUAUCCUGCACUCAAAUACGUCAAAAGAUAUAUAUCACACGGCGUAAGAAUACAGGAUCCGACAGCAAGGCAGCCAAUUGUUGGGAACACGUUGCUCUCAAAGAGAUCGAUGCGGGUUGUGAAUGCAUGUGGCCCAAAGAGCACAUUGGGGACAAAUAUUCCUACCGAUUGGGAAAAUAAUAAAAUUUAGUUCAAACGUAACAUCGGAAUAAUGCAAUCCUAGACUACCAGCAGAGUGUAAGCAGUUUGAAAAUAUAAUUUAAAUUGCAUUUUUAAUCAUGUCAUUUUUAACGACAAAAGUAGUUUGCUGUACAUACAAAGUGUUCUGAAAACCAAUAUUUUAUAAUCGAAGACCACCCUAGCUGCUUCUAAAUUCAACAAUAUUUAUUUGAAGCCUCAUAGAUGCUAUUUGGAAAUAAAUUAUACAAAACCUGAAGCAAAAAUCCGA